UAACCAAUUCACAAGUAUUAAAUUGAAAAGAAAAAAACAAAAAAAUGUCGUCAUUUCGCACUUAUAAAAGUGGUAACGAGUUCACGGAACGAACAGUCGAGUACAAACAUGAAACCAAUCUUAUUCUCCGCUGUUGUCGCAGUUGUCCUCGGUGUUACGAUCGCAGGAUGGGGUCCUUUAACCGGACCAUCCCCUUUCUCAGGUGUUAAAAUUGGAGGUACACCUCAUGGACAUUGGGGUGGUUCCGGGGGCACAGGAGGACCUCCUGGGGGCUGGGGGGGCCCUGGAGGCUGGGGGGGCCCUGGAGGCUGGGGGGGCCCUGGAGGCUGGGGGGGUUCCGGAGGUCCAGGAGGACCUCCUGGAGGCUGGGGAGGUCCCGGAGGUCCAGGAGGACCUCCCGGAGGCUGGGGAGGUUCCGGAGGCACGGGAGGGCCUCCCGGAGGUUGGGGGGGUCCCGGAGGCACAGGAGGGCCUCCCGGAGGUUGGGGUGGUCCUGGAGGCUGGGGUGUUCCAGGUGGUUCGCAAAAUGACGGGACCUCGACAAGCACGAAUGCUGCACCUACUACAACCGCGUCAGCAAGUACUACGCCUAGAAUCACUACGGCAGCAGCAUCAACCGGUACAGCAGCCGGAUAGUAGCGAGGGCGUAUACUUCCCUACGAUGGACACGGCGCACUUCGGGGGUAAAUCAUCUCCGCAGCCCUUUGGAGAUCAAUUUUGGAACAGCAGCCGAUUUCCCAUCCCCUUCAGCGAUUACGGACCGCUUGUGACGUCCGACGUACACGCUCACCCCUAUUACUAGAUCCAACCGCACCGUGUAGAAAUUUUUUCUAAUAACUUUGUAGUCAUAUAGAUGAAUAAAACAUACGUACUAAGCCAA